UACGGCGCUAACACAGCACACCUGAGCUACGCAUGACACCGUGCGCAUCUUUGUUUUAACCUCAAGAGGAUUUAGAUUCAAAGCCUAUUUUAAUUUUUGGAUCUCGUUUGUUAUCUUACAGAGGAGCAAUGUGCUGAAAUAUAAGUCUAGUCUACAUUAAUAUUAAACUUACUAGGACUCUAGCUAAGUACUAGCUUAGCUAGAUCUAGAGACAAGCAGUCUAAAUCUAAUUCUUCAUCUUGAAUAUUUGUAAAAUAGACAAAAAGAAUACAAGAUAAGUAUUAUUUUCCUAUUCUCUCCUAAAAAUUACAGACUCUUUAAUUGCAGUAGGACUAUUAAAAUUAAAAUCAGAAGGUGUAGGCCUGGAUAGUAUAGUCUAUAGUAUAGACAAUCAAAUUUUCAAGAGUGUGCUAGAUUUUCUAAUUUAUUAUUAAGUUGUGAUUAGUUCUUCUAUUUUAAUUUUAAAUUGAUUUUGACAUUUGUUACUUCAAACUGUUUCAUUUAUUUAUUAGGAUCCAGUAAUUAGUUUAUACUUACUUACUUUAAUUUAUAUACUACAACAAAUCUACCUAAACAUUAAUUGAAUUAAUUUUUGUUAACUUGCUUUCUUAUUUUAACUUCAGAUUAUACCUUAACAUAUAUGUCUAUAAUUUUUUGUCUAUUUUAAUUGAAGUUUAGAACUAAAUUAUGGAAUCUGUUUCCAGUUAUACAGGCCUGCUUGAGGGUUUCUUAGAACCAUCACUUCCAUUGCUUAAUGGAUAUGUUGCACGCCAGAUUCAUUAUUCCAGUGCCACUCCUGUAAUACAACUUAGUAGGCAGUUGGCAGUGCAGCAGCAUUUGUGUACUGAGCACGAUGAGGCAGGUGUACGAAGGAUUGCAUAUGCAGUUAAAAAGCUGACGAUUGAGACAAAGCGGCUUCGGAGAACUGGUGCUCGCGACUGGAAUAGGCUGGUUGAAAUCCUGUACAGCCCUUUUUUUGUUCAACCCAUGGCUCAGGAGGAUGUGCAUUCCACAACUAUGGAAGCUGAGUUGUUAGGUGAAAGGUUUGUAGUGGGAGGUAAUGUAAGUAUCAUUGCAGGUCCUUCAGCUGAUGUUGAGCAAGAUCCAAGUGAAAGUUUAGUGACUGAGGAAGUGAGUACUAUAGAAAGCCUGUCAACAUCUGCUGAGGAGAAUUUGAUUUUGAAUCAAGGUUUUGUCACAAGUGAUGUAAGUAUGGGUGUUGAUGAUUUGCAUAAUGAAACUUUUUCCACAGGUAGGAUUCUUCAUGUAGCACGCUUGGAUGAACACAAUUAUUGUAUUGGUGCUGACCACAGUGUAGAGAUGUCUUCAACCACAGAAGGAAGUAACAAAAGCAGUCAGGUAAAGUGUUAUGACUUAAGAGGUAAGAGGUGUUCUAGGUGUGUUAUUAAAAAUCAAGCUAUUCUUCAGUUAAAAAAUGUGAUUAAGAAACUUAAACUUGAUCUUAAAACAAUGAAAUCACUUAAAGUUAGAAACUUGACUAGAUCAUUGCAGAGGAAGCAUGUGCAGGUUCAAAGCUGGAAGACAAAGUAUAUGCAGGAGAGAGAAAAAAAUCUGCAGUCAAGACAGGCAAGUGUUAACGUUUCUUCUCCACAAGCUGGACUGGACGAUCGAGGUAAGAAUUUAAUGAUUGCUAAAAUUAAACUGUCAAAAUUGCAGAAAAAGUUUCAGGUUCUUACGCAGCAACAUCUUCAAGACAUCCAUGAAUGGCAAUCCAAAUACAAGAGUGAAACAGCCAAGUUGAUGGAAGGGCACGACAGACUGGUGGCUGAGAAUAGUAAGCUUCUAAAAGAGAUUGACGACCUGAUUACUGAGAAGAACCAUUUUGCAGCCAAGAUGCAUAGCUUAGAAGCAGAGAACAGCAAGCUAAUUGAAGAUUAUGAUGCAUUGGUAGAUGCUAGCCAGGAUGAGGAAGUGACAGGUAUUGGUAAGUUUGAUUUAAAGGUAAGAAAGGUAACGUAUGAGUCUCUUUUGAAAAAUGUUCCUGUUCGAAAUGUUGGCCAGUUGGCAGAAUACAUUGCAGAAGCAGUCGGCAAAGGCACCCUGAAGAUGCCCCACUACUCAAGCAUAUCCCGGAUGGCUCAUGAACCCGGAGUCCUUGCUUUGAUUCAAGUAGGAGAGGCCCUUCAAAACUGUAAGUCUGCUUGUAUAAAAUUUGAUGCUACCACCAAAGCAGAUAAACAUCUUAAUACUUUUUCUGUUUCCACAGUGCCAGAUACAGAAGACUUAGUGAUUUCACCUGCCAUAGGAGCCAGUGAUGGAGCUACCAUGGAGCCAGCUACAGAAGACUUUGUGAUUUCGACUGCGAGAGUAGCCAGUGGUAGAGCUGUAGACUAUGCGGGCCACAUUAUUUCUUCCAUGAAGGAAGUGGCCUCUGUUUACAGUGACUACACUGGCCUGCCAUUUGUUGAGGUGCUGUCGAUGUUUAAAGAUAAGUGUACUUGCAGCGUGACGGACAGGGCGGCGGUAAACACAUGUGUAUUGGAAAUGUUGCAGAGUGAGCUGGAUAUGCAGUUGAUCCAACUGAAGUGCAACAUACACCCGUUAGACAGUGUGGCAACGAAAGCGAGGGAGUGCUGUUCAGACUUGGACAAGAGGUUUAAGGUACAGUUUUCAUGGAGAACCUGCCUCAUUCAAGGCUCACCUGAAAGAGAACGAUGUGGCUGCUGGAACAUUUGUCCGUUACGUUGGAAAUCGACUUCAUCUGUUGUUUCGUAUGGCUGGGGUUGUUAUUCAGUACAAGAACUUGCUAACAGGAUAUCUUGUUGGAAAAACAACCAAAGUCUGCACUCAACUGCUUGCUGAUCUGAAGAAACCUGAGGUUCUCGUGCAGUUGCAAGCACUCGGGCUCAUUGGGAAAUUGAUCUCUGGCCCUUGGAUGAAGUUGAUUUAUAAGAAUGCAAUGCGGCGGUCAAAUCUG